UGUUAAAUGGGAGAGAGAAAAAAAGUGUCAUGACAAAGUUGCCUCUGGAAACAGUUGAUAGAGGCUAAAAAAGAUGGCAUCUUCUCCGAUCGUCGAGGAAUCGCCUGUUCUGCACGUGGUCGUAGUUGGAUUUCAUCACAAGAAAGGUUGUCAGGUUGAAUAUUCCUAUCCUCCACUAAUUCCAGGAGGGGCAGUAGAUAGCCAUGACACACCUGAUGAGUGGCGCCAUCUACCCUCGUUAGCUCUACCUGAUGGCGCGCACAAUUAUAUUAAGGACACCAUUUAUUUUCACUUGCCAGCCAGAGAUGGAAAACAGGAAACCAUAUAUGGUGUAUCCUGUUACAGACAGAUGGAUGCCAAGGACCUGAAGAACAAGACUGCGGAUGUGACCAGGAGUACUGUGCAGAAGAGUGUCUGUGUCCUCAGCAAGCUGCCUCUGUAUGGACUGAUUCAAGCUAAACUAGAGUUGAUCACACAUGCUUACUUUGACGAAAGGGACUUUACGAAGGUGGAAUUGCUGGAGCAGACUUACAGCCAUCUAAACUUAACGCUAACUGAGGGCCUUUUGGACGAGUCAAGAAUUUACCUAGGUCUGUCCCCCAGAGAUUUAGUAUGGCUGUUCAAACACAAGAUUGUCCUGCUCUUCAAACUCAUCCUGCUUGAAAAGAGGGUCCUGUUCAGUGGAGCACCUGUCCAGAAGCUGUGUGGCAUCCUCUUGUCUGUGGUGUCACUCUUCCCAGGCAUGUUAGAACAUGGUCUACAAGAGUCUGCAAGUUAUUGUCUUCAAAGACAGUUGUCGCCAACUCUCAAGCUGGCACACUUUGGCAUAGACAUGAAUGAUUACUUGGAAAUCAGCUACAAAGAUGUGCCCAACCACAAACAUUCCAAACUAAAGACAAAAGAUGAAGACGUUGUCAAGGAACAGACUGACAGUAGAAACCGAAUUGAAGAGUGCACCAAGGGAGAUAAACCCUGCGAUACUCCUUGUGAUAAUACAGAUAGUGAUACAAAUGCUGAGUCAUGUAGAGCUGAUCCACUUGGUGUUCUGCCAUACAUAAACAGUGUAAACAAACAUGGUAAGAAUGUCGAAAAUAGACAACUGAAAGACACUAGUGUGAAAAAUAUUCCAGAAAAAACAAAUGGGGGCAGCCAGAGCCUGAAAAACAUUACCUUUGUGACCCCUGAAAGACAGAAGUCAUCAUCCGCUGAGAAAGGAGAUAAACAGAAAGUCAUCCAGUAUAGCUCUAUUCCCGAUCCCCUGGCCAAUACAGGCAAUAUCACGCAUGUGGAGGCAGUUCAGUCAAACUCACAUUGCCAGGCAGAUGCUCUGUUUUCUGAUGAUUCUCCAGCACGUACCCCAGAGCAUGAAAAAACACCUCCUUCUCUGAUAGUAAACAUGAGUGAUGAAGAGAAACAAUCAACAUCACGCAGUGGACGCCAUGUCAGCGACAGCUCGCUAAUCAGGGAUAUCGACUCUCCGGAAAGUAUCAGCGAAAUCGACAAGGAGGACUGCUUCUCUUGGGAAGAAGACCGGCUGUUACUGGAAAUUGACCAGGAAUUACAAGACGGUUCAACCCCAAGCCAUGAAAACCUUAAUCCAGGUAUGACAUCAAACCAACAGAAGCAACCGACAAUCCAGACAAUGGACAGGACAGACUCUGCUUCAAACGAGACCGACGUGCUGACGGAAACAUCCGACGAAGACACGUCCUUUAGAAUCGUGAGCAAAGUCAACAGCUCGGACGACAAGAAAACCUUGGAAUCAAAUCAGUCCAGUCCAAGACGAUCGGCACGCACCAUUCGUAACAAACUGAGCAGUGCUUUCCAGAGAUCAGGCAAAGAUAAGCUGGCACUAAACCAGGAUGAUGAAAAGCCCUCAGAACUGACAAGGUCACUGACCAGUCUGCAUCAAGACGAAUAUGGCUUCCCACUGGCUGUGUUUACAAAGGGCUGUCUUUGCCACCCAUACCUGUGUCUGCAGUAUUACGACCUCCUCCAAGACGUCAACGUGAAGAGUUUUAUGAUUGGCGCCACCAAUGUCCUGUUUAAACAGAAGAGACAUCUUACUGACGUCAUCGUGGAUGUGAAUGAUGGUAAGAUAGACAUCAGUGAUGUAGAGUUACGGAAGCAGCUGCAGAUGACCACUGCUGACCUGAGAUUUGCUGACAUAUUGGUCAAGGCGGUUACUGAGGAGGAGAACAAGUUCCUGGAGGGUACAGAAUGGGAAGGAGGAGACCAGUGGUUGAGGGCUCAGUUCAGGAGUUACCUGCUGGGAUUACUCGCUGCCUCUACUGUCAGUGACGAUCAGCUUCUUGACGACUUUGGCCAGGUGUACGUGAACACCUGGAAGAUGACCCACAACUACAGGGUGUGGCACAGUUGUCCCCACCCAGGCAUCAACCAGGCACAGCCAGGACAUCCAUGUCAAGGAAACCUCAGUGUGAAUGACAUCAGAGUGCGUUUCACGAGUGCUAUGCAGAACUCAGACCGAGGCAGGAAGAUAAAUUCUGCCAUGGCGCAGACUGGCAAGUAUGUGGCUCAGACUGGACGUGCUGUAGGUGGAGCCUUCAACCAGGCCAAAUCUACAGUUUCAUCAUGGAUAAGCAACUGGAGAUCCUGACCAGAAGGAGAUGCUGGAAAAGUCUUAUGAUGAGAAACUAAAAUAAUGCCAGAAGGAGAUGCUGGAAAAGUCUUAUGAUGAGAAACUAAAAUAAUGCCAGAAGGAGAUGCUGGAAGAGGCUUAUGAUGAGAAACUAAAAUAAUGCCAGAAGGAGAUGCUGGAAGAGGCUUAUGAUGAGAAACUAAAAUAAUGCCAGAAGGAGAUGCUGGAAAAGUCUUAUGAUGAGAAACUAAAAUAAUGCCAGAAGGAGAUGCUGGAAGAGGCUUAUGAUGAGAAACUAAAAUAAUGCCAGAAGGAGAUGCUGGAAAAGUCUUAUGAUGAGAAACUAAAAUAAUGCCAGAAGGAGAUGCUGGAAAUGGCCAUUAUAUGAAACGGGCAAAAAGGCAGUGAUGAAAGAUUAGGAAACGGCCAAGUGGACUGGGUUUUGACUAAAAGGCUUUUGUGAAAGACUUCUUUAUAUUGUGUUCUUUGAGCUCAAAAAGACAGUUUGCAAAUUCUCUGUAUUGACUGUUAAAUAAAAAAAAAAAGCCCUGAGGGAGAAGGUGUGAGAAGAUGAUGGACAGAAACUGCAAAGUUCCCAUGAUGAAAAGCUCGACACAUCCCCAUAUGGAUAAACAGAAAGGUCAUUUUUGACAUGCAGUUUUGAUAAUUUACUAUGUCAUCAUGUUCAGCUGUCGAAUGUGGUAUGUGGGUUAACAGGUAAUUUGAUUUUAAUUUACAUUUAGAGUCCCAGUUUCAUUCAUAAGAUGUGCCAUGUAGUAAAGAAUGGAUUUUCAUACCAGCAAUGUCACAUAUAUUGAUUGAUGUACAUGUAACUUUCGAAACAUCAGUGGUUGGCUUGGAGAUCUUAAUUAUGGUAGAAUGAUAGCAUCUAAUCGCUGCGGGAAGACUAACUAUGUUGAACAGCCCUUGGGCUAUGUCUGGCUGCUGAUUGUAUUUAAUGUCAGGUCAAACAAAAAGUUUAAUGCCGUCAAUGAAGUUGUUAUAUAAUAUUCACACACCCACUCAUACGCUGUAUACACCAGUCUGCCUGUCACCAAGACAUACAGCUCGCAAUUUGACUCCUGGCUGUGAUAAAAGCAAAGGCGGUGAAAUCCAGUCAGCGUGCAGGCCAUAUCGGAGAAAUCUUUGCGUACAGUUUCUGAUUGUCAAAAUUUCAACUCGGUUUCUAUCAGUUUAACGUUUUUUUAGCAGCAGUACUGUCAAAGUGGCGCUAAGCGAUGAUUUAUUUACCCUUAUUAACACUUUUGUUGUGUGGAAUGCUCCCAUAUUGUUGUCAACACAUUGUUUGAUAAUGAUUUAGACACUCGCUGUUUGCGGGGCUUUAGUCAGUGAGCCGUUGAAUGCCUUAAUGUUCUUUGGUCCACUUGCCUUUCACCGAUAUGGUGAGCAUAUAUGUAAGUUACUCGUGGGAAACCUGAAAUAGUAGAGGUCCAAGUGUUGACCGAAGUGCACUUCACACCUAUGUAUGUGCACUUCACACCUAUGUAUGAACUUCGACAUGUAUGUUGUGGGAGGAUGUAGGACCUGUAAUGUUCCCGGGACGAAGGUGUACAUGUUUUUUUACGGUGAUUUAAGCUCUACUUCCUAUUUUACAUUUGUACAUUAUACACAUUAAUUUAAAUAUGAUAAUGAGUUCUGCAUCUUUGUUUACUCAUUAAAUGUGGGAUGUAAAUUGGAGAAUAUAUCCCAUGGUUAAUUCGACGGUUACAUGCAACAUUAUAAUUAAUCCCGAAAAUGUGUUGAAUAAAAAAAAAAGUCUCGUCACAGGAUAGUCUUGUGAUUGAGAUGUUCAGCACUUUGCCAACCAGGACUUAUCAUGUUUUUAUGCAAGUCGUGUAUCGUCUUAUUUUACUAAUUUUAUCUGUUAUUGUCACGAAUAAUAUUUACCGGCAAUAACGGAUAUGUACACACGAGUUCGAGUGUCAUCACGCGGAGUUCAUAUUUGUAAUGGAAAGUCACACUCCUUACAGCGCAUGCGCUGCCUUUUACGCUCGCUUAAUAUCACUGCCAACGCUAUGAGAUAUUUCUGCAACCCACGCACGCUGCUGUGUCCGCUGACGCCACAGGUACCUAUGUUUACCUUUUAGCAGUAUGAGCAUGGUUUCUCUGAUAUAGCCUAUCCGAUGGCCUCAUAAACAUUCGAGCUUUAAAAAAUGAUGUAUAGAGCUACCAAGCAGGUCAGAACAAAAUGGCUGUUCCUGUCUCAUCACCGCGAACCGUGUUACCUUAGCGUGGGACGAAGGUGUACAUGUUUUUUUACGGUGUUGUUCAAGAUGUCAGUACAGAAUUUGCUGGUGGCGGCUGUGAUGUAAAACGAACGCAGAAAGCGGCGCAGGCGAUGUAAGAAGUGUGAUAGAAGGUAUAUGUAGAGAGGAAAGGUAUAAUACAGAAGAUUGUAUAAGGCAUAUUCAGAAUCAUACGGAACAUUUGUCCGUGCAUAGCACGCUGGGGGAAAAAUAGAAGUUGAAUUUGAGGAAAUUGGGAUCUGAAAGUCGAUGUCGAUUCUGAUUGGUUCGUUGAGAAAUAGGCAAGUCCAAACUAUGCCUAACCUAAGCUGAAUUUUAGGUAGGGCGGAUUUGUUCAAGCGUGACCUAGACUGUCGGAUUUAAUUGAGGAAACCUGAUCUUCACUGUCAGCCAGUCAGCGUCGAUUCUGCAUCCUAUAAAGCUGGGAAGUGCGGAACGAAUCGUUCCUUGCGGACAUGGAGUUCCUGAUUUCAAAAUGUGGGAUAUUAUUAUCUAAAAAGAGAAUCCAAAACUGGCAACUUGCAUUGUUAAUAAAAGAAGAUUGAAAAGUAUAAUCGUGUACAUCCAUCCAUGUUGCUACAUGACGUGUUAUUCGAUGUCAAAUGUGGAUAUGCUUGUCUUAUAUAGUUACUAAUGGAAUUUGAAAAUGUUUUCUUGGGAUUACGCCUGGAUAAGGAUUUAAAGUACAUAGGCACUAUAACCACUAAAGCUAGCAGUGAUGUUUAUAUACCAGUGAAUACCUGGAUGUAAAUGUAAAACACCGAUAUCUACAGAUAUGUUAUGAUAUAGCAUAGGAUUAUGAAUGUAUAUACAUUUAUCAGCACAAAGUUGUGUAAUAUAAUGAUUUUAGAUAAUUUAUUAAUUUCUCUGUAAUACACAUUGUUAUAUCAAUCCCAGUUUGAGAGUCUAUCUUACAACAGAAAUAAACAGUGCUAGCACCUUAGAAGCUAAAGUUGGACUAGAUAUAGUCCAAGCUUUGGCGGGUAGUGUAUAUCAGCUUGAUCAGGUAGACUGUGUACACUUGACGAAAUCGACAUAGACUAGCAGCGAAAGCUGGGGCUAUACUUAUUCCAGCGUUUGUCGCUAAGGUGCUGGCAACGUUUGUCCAAACCCUAACCUUACCGCCACUGUUUAUUGUUCGUAUUGCUGGAGUAAAUCACUUUGAGAUGAGAUUCAUUUUUUUCCACAUUUUUGUAUAAUUUGAAACAGUCCCCGCUAUUUUCUGUUUGUUCUAUUUUUUCACAAAGUUCUUGGACAUUUAACAAUACACAUACAUCAAUGCGUUGUGCGUUUUAAAUGCAGAAUUUUCAGUCUUUCCUAUGAAUGUUUUUAUAAGCUGCAUAUCCUUCCCUUAGAGCUUAUUGUUACGUGAUACUAUACCUUGGUACAUGUCACCGCUCUGGUUUUACUCUCUGUGCUGUACUUCUUUAAUUAUAAUGUAUCCAUGGGAUUCUCUAUCACUUUUAAAAAGUUGAUCUUGGCGUUGGACUACAGGAUUUCAGUCCACGUGAUUUUUUCUUGGAGAGCAUUACAGUGAUUUUGUAAACUUACGUAAAAUACACGUGUUUUUGUCCCUCGUCGUCAUCUUUGUUGUAAAGUUGCAUCUGUAAGACUUAAAAUCUGAUAUUGAAAGUGGCAAUCUAUUGACUGGAUUAGGUGUCCUGCCCGCACAAACCAGGAUUCUUCUGUUGGACUAAGCAUCCCCGAGGCCUGGUCCCUUUGCUUUGUUUUAAUUUGUUUAUUUAUUUAAUUGUCAUUUUACGCCGUAAUCAAGAAUAUUUCACAUACGACGGCAAACAACGUUAUGGCCGGAGGAAACCGGGCAGAGCCGAGGGAAACCCAAGACCAUUCGCAGAUUGCAGGCAGACCUUCCCGCGUACUGCAUUGUUUUGAUGUGAUGACAAUACAGAAUUUUGAUGCGUUCUAGACUAGUCGACGUCUAAUAAAUAUUCUGUUACCCUUCAAUGACUUUUUAUUACAUACAACGCACUGCUUGGCUCUGUGCCAAGUGCGUAUUAUCGGAGUCAUUAGAUACCCCCCAUCACGAGGCAGAAGCGUUUGACUUCUGAACGAGUCUAUUGUAGUUCUAUGGGUGGAUAGAGGUUGUUGUUUACAUUGAAUAAAGCAGACGACAAAUAUAAACAAAGAAACAAAAGAACCACAAACCAUGGUAUGGCCAUCAACCAAUGGGUCACAAAACGAUCGGAUCCAUGAUGUCUGAUAUUUCCCGCGAAACAAAACUUAGUCGCCGGUACACGAACGACUGCGUCCGGGCUACGACAACCACAAUUCUUGCUGAUAUUGGGGUUUCUGUUAUGGACGUUAUCUAUGUGACAGGUCACCGCAAUGAAUCCAGUGUACGGAGUUAUGUGACCAAACCGUUCGUUUCGAAACGCCGUGAAAUUAGCAAUACCUUGCAUGCUUCAAGUGUGUUCUCAGAAAAUGCUGAAAGUGAAAAUGCCAUUGAGAAUACUCGCAUGUCAGUCACGCCACUCCCAGUGCAAAUGCCCGACGCUGUCGACUGUAGUGUUACACUUAACGGUAGAAAUACCAUCCAAAUGGCAAAAUCCCAGUUUUCAGUCACGCCUCAAAGUUUUGGAGGGGUGUUCAACAAUGCGACAAUAAAUAAGAGCACAGUUCACAUCAACUUCACAUCCUCUGGAUAGAUCGUCCUUUUCAUCUCCCAAUCCUUGUUUGAUGUUUAUCCGUGUUAAGCUGUUGUUUUUUUUCCGCAAUGUUCAGUCCAUUUACUCAUGUUUUCUCUCCGCAAACGCUAUUGCCUGACUGCCGCCAAUAUAUUGCCGUUGAUCCAGAUCUUCAAAUUUGGUACAUCUUGUGACCUUCAUGCAUGAGUGUGACGCGUAUAUUUUACGUAACUGGUACGAGGGAAUGAGUGAACCGUGCACAGGGCUGGUUUAAUGCACAUAUAACUUUGUACAGAUUGCGUCAUUACAAAUUUAAAUUGUGAUAGCCAUCCAUUGUAUUUCACAAUACUAUAAAGGCAAAUCAUAUUUAUCCUCAUGAUACCUUGAACAUAUAAAUUGUAAUAUAUUUAUUUGCUUACUUAUAAUAAGCAUAAACACGUAUCUAUGAUGUUAUUGUUUUGUUAUUUAUCAACAUGUUGAAAAACUAAUAUUGAAGUGAAAAUGUGAACUGAAGUGUUCCAUUAUUUCAACAUUCGUUACUCAGUGUUAUUGAAUUUGAUACAGAAUACAACACGACCG